AAAAGAUAUUAACAUUUUCAUAAUCACCCCUUAAUCUUAAACACAAUAGACUAUUUCCCCAACAAAAAUGCUUAUCCAAUCAAGUUGGGUAAGAAAGUUGUGUGCUGCUGGUACCCACACCACCAUGAGCACCACAACAAUGGCUGCAAUCCCAUUUGCUAACUCUACUAUCUUCUCCAAAACCUCCAUUUUCCUCCGUAGAAACCUUGUUGGAGUUUCCACUUUCUCCACUACUUUUUCAGUGUCAUCUGACAAACUCCGGACCAAGAAAUGGAGGCAAUCAGUGAUAGCGUCUACAGUUGAACUUGGGAACAUUAAGAUUUCCAAAGAAGAUGUGGUGCGCGAUGAUCCCACAAACAAUGUCCCUGAUGCAAUCUUCACUAAACUUGGAAUGCAACUACAUAGGCGGGAUCAACACCCGCUUGGCAUUUUGAAGAAUGCCAUCUAUGACUAUUUUGAUGCCAAUUAUUCCAACAAAUUUGAAAAAUUUGAAGAUCUUUGUCCGAUUGUUUCCGUGAAAGCGAAUUUCGAUGAUGUCUUGGUUCCUGUUGAUCAUGUAAGCAGGAGUUACAAUGAUACCUACUAUGUCGACUCCCAGACUGUUUUGAGGUGUCAUACUAGCGCUCAUCAAGCAGAACUGCUAAGAAAUGGACACACUCAUUUCCUUGUAACCGGAGAUGUCUACCGUAGAGACUCAAUCGACUCUACCCAUUAUCCUGUGUUCCAUCAGAUGGAAGGUGUUCGUGUAUUUUCCCCUGAUGAUUGGGAGUCAUCUGGCCUAGAUGCCAUAGCAUAUACUUCUCAGGAUUUAAAAACAUGCCUGGAGGGUUUGGCACGGCACUUGUUUGGUGCUGUAGAGAUGCGGUGGGUUGAUACUUACUUUCCUUUCACGAAUCCGUCAUAUGAACUCGAAAUAUUUUUUCAGGAUAAGUGGUUGGAAGUUUUGGGCUGUGGGGUGAUGGAGCGGGAGAUAUUAAAGAGUAAUGCCAAACCAGAUAACUAUGCAUGGGCUUUUGGACUGGGACUGGAGAGGCUAGCUAUGGUGCUAUUUGACAUACCAGACAUUCGGCUUUUCUGGUCAUCCGAUGAGCGAUUUACUUCUCAGUUCACUAAAGGCCAGCUUGGUGUCAAGUUCAAGCCUUUUUCAAAGUUUCCUCCAUGCUACAAAGACAUGAGUUUUUGGAUAAAUGAAUCAUUUACUGAAAACAACUUAUGUGAAGUGGUCCGAGACAUCGCAGGAGACCUUGUAGAAGAGGUAAGCUUAAUUGAUAAUUUUACCAAUAAGAAAGGGAUGACGAGUCACUGCUAUCGUAUAGCUUAUCGAUCCAUGGAGCGCUCUCUUACAGACGAGGAGAUAAACGACCUGCAGUCGAAAGUGAGGGAGGUUGUACAGGAAAAGUUGAAGGUUGUCCUAAGAUGAUUUGUGGUGCCAAGAUCUGUUGCUUGUGACUUCUUGUCUGUAGAUUUCUUCACUUACUAUAAAUUAACCUAUAUAUAAAAGUUGUUCUUCAUGCAUAAGAGAAUAUGUUGGUAGUUUCGAUUAGCUUAUAUUUUUCUCGUUGCUCGAAAUCCCUUACGAAAUCUCCGAUUUUGCGGGCAUCAGUAUUAAACUUCUGUUUGUAAUGAUUCGAAAGUAUUCACCAUAGGUAGCGCCGUAGCGUAUUGAUGGUGCAUACGAGGAUUUACAAGCUCCAUAUCCACUCGUA